GUAACAAGCAGAUGAAAGGAAGAUUCAUUUGCGCGAGUUACGGACGCGUAAACCGCGUACCUACCUAGACCUACCGUCUGGUAAUCUCCUGUGUCUAUGCGUAUGUGUUGAAAAAAAAAGUUUGCGUGUUGGUGUUAUCCGCGUCGCGUCGCCGCCAACAAUUACCAAUAUCAAAAUGCUGCUUUACACGCUGGGCCUGUUGUGCGUGGUGGUCACAUUAACUUACAGUACACCGCUUCCGCCUGCGCCAGCGCCAGCGUCAGCGUCAGCAUCAGCCGCCGACAAAAACGCCAGAACCAAAAAAAGCGCGGACGGUUUUUCUGGCGAAUGGUCGGCGCAAAUCAUAGAAGACGAUCACGAUCACGAUCAUCACCACCAUCACCACGAGCCGGAAGGCGUGUGGAAGAAAAAGCUCACCUGGAAGGAGGACUGGAAGCAAGUAUGGAAGACUGAGCAUAAAGAAAUUUGGAAACCGGUGUGGAAGAAGAUCCAGGUGCCGGCUUGGAAGGAGAUUCACGUUCCCAUUUGGAAAGAAAUAAAGGUUCCGGACUGGAAAACGGUGCAAAAGCCCGUUUGGAAGGAGAUCGAAGUGCCGGUGUGGAAGGAGGAACAAGUGCCGGACUGGAAAAAGAUCCAAGUGCCCGUGUGGAAGGAGAUCAAAGUGCCGGUGUGGAAAGAGUACCAGGUGCCGGACUGGAAGCAAAUCUGGAUACCGGAAUGGGUGAAGGAAGCGGUGCCGGGCGAGAAGCAGGUCGGCAAAGACGAGCACGGCUGGGAGUACACGGCUCACGAUUUGUGGCGCAAGAAGCUCGUCUGGAAGUCGGCCUGGAAGAAAGUCUGGCGUACCGAGAAGAAGGAGAUCUGGGUGCCGGAGAAGAAGCUCGAGUGGAAAGACGAGUGGAAGCAGAUUUGGCGCACCGAAAAGAAACAGAUCUGGGUGCCGGAGAAGAAACUCGAGUGGAAAGAAGAGAAGGUAGAAAUUUGGAAGACGGUCAAGAAACAAGAAUGGAUCACCGAAAAGAAACUCAUAUGGAAGGAGGAGUGGAAGGAAAGCAAAGUGAAGGCCGUCAAGGAGAUUCAAGUGCCCCAUUGGAAGAAGGUUUGGAAGCCGGUCUGGGAAAAGGUUUGGGUGCCCAUACCACAUCAUCAUCAUCACGAACCCGAGCACGAGCACGAGCACGUGCACGAACACAUCGAGAGCAGCAGCGACUGGGACUAAUCAUUAAUGUUACCUACCGCGACAACUGACAAUUUCGUAUAGGCACUCGUACGUACGUAAUACGUAUAUUGUACAUUUGAACACUCCGUAGGCUAUCUAUGAUAAUGUCAGCCUGCGUGAGGCAUCGAGUGAUAUGAAAAAUGUUACCCAGCCUAUACGAGUACGAGUACGAGUACGAGUACGAGUACAUAUACGUACCUACAUAGUAUAUGUACUUAUUCAGACUUUUCUCUCGCCAUCUCAGACACUGGCUUUCCCUCUUUCCCUCUUUCCCUCAUUCUUUCGUUCAUUUCUCACAUCUCGUGUCUCUCUUCUUUCUCCCUUUUUCUUUCAUCUUGUUUUCUUAUUCUGUUGCCAACUUUUACGUUUGUACGUAGCGUGCAUCACGUCCGAGUACGCCGAGCCGAGCCGAGCGCGAUGAGUGAAUAAAUUUACAUAUGCAGGUAUAGGUAGGUAGGUAGGUAGGUAGGUAGGUAGGUAGGUCCUUAUAUGUGUAUGUACGAGUACAUCUGUGUAUUUAGCCAGUCUACACUGUACAGAGCUGAUACCUAGUACCUACCUAUUUUAAAAUAGACCUUAGUAACGCCGCCGCAAGGUAUAACCCCUUAAUUGCUAAGGUUUAUUAUAAAAUAAAAUCCCUACCACCACCACCACCACCACCCCGUCGCGCCAAUCGCCUCAUCACUCAGUCAUCGGGCCUUUGCAGCGCAGCGCCCCGCCGCUGCGCUGUUUUCUCUGCAAAGCGGCAUGCUGCGCGGCGCGGCGCGGCGUUCGUGACAUGCUACGUGCAAACGCGAAUACUUGCGCUAUUUAUUUGUUACCUGCGGUACGCAGUACGCUUAUUGCUUACCUUGAUUUUUUGUAUUUUGUUUUGUUUUGUUUACUAUUUGUAUUAGUAUUAGCGUAUACUUACUAUUUUUUUUACCUACUUUUUACUUUUUUAUUUUUAAAAUGUUUACACCAAAUGGCAAAUGUCUCAUGCCUAGUGCCUACCCUAUAGAUUUCACGUUACGUGUAUGUACCGGUAGCGGUACGAGUAAUUACGAGUACCCGCUGACCGUUGUUGAGUGUUGAUGAUUCGAGCGUAGGCGUACUUACUCGUACUCGUAGCUACAUUUACGAGUAAUACCCAGACCCACGAAUAGACGGUCCAGCGAGUAAUUUGUUAUUCACGCUUUAGCUGUGUCUGUGUCUGUGUCUGUGUAGGCCUACGGCCCAAACCUUUACUUGACGGCGCGCUGCAUUUACCUAUUGUAUCUACGUAGUAUGUACCUACCUAUAAGAUUGUAUUCUGUGUACAUGCGAAUAUACCUCUCUAUAUACACGAUAA